AAACAAUUCUCUGAACUUAUAUACAUAUGUAUAUAACACAGCAUAGUGUUCAUUUUCCUGUCACUCAAACAUUAAAGGAUUUUUUGUCAUAUCAUGUGUAUCCAAAUUUAAUUCGAACAGUUUGUUUCCAAAUUAAAAGUAAAAUGGCGUCAAUGAAAUCCUCCGAAAAGAAGCGAAUUGUACCUCUUUCCGCGGACUUGUUAAGUGACAUAGUGACCCACCGAAAUGAGUAUCACACACCACCUGGUCACUAUAUAGAAGCAGACCAAGUGGGUGAUAACAGAGCAAGUGGACAAUAUGCGACAACCAGUUCCCCACAAUCCUUGCCAUCGGGUGCGAGGCGACGCACUGUUGGCUUUGCCGAUGGACCCAUUGUGGCGACCACUACCGCUUCAGAGCUGAGACCCAGUGUGGGCCAGACCAGACUUCAGACACGCCUGGGCUCCUUGGCGUCGGAAGUGCAAGAACUGCGCAAUUUGCUACCCAAACCAAACAGUCAGUAUGAGGAGCCCUGCACGGGCGGACUACAUUGCUUAAGGCGCUCUCAAUCCCAUCUAUCGCUGAGCUUUAAGUCGAGCUCGGACCUGAGACUCGUCAAUUCCUCCAGCGAUCUGCAUCUGCGAGAUGAGAAGUCGCUGGACAAUCGCCAUCGCAAUAGGCAGUUUAACCUCGACUUGCAGAAGCAUCUGGCCAACAUGCUCAAGUCACGCACCUCACUGUUUCUCAGCCAGCGAAAGGAAUAGGACUCCCAAUUGUGCGAAUACCGGGACCAUUGGCGGCAUUAAAAUUCGGAUGAGGAUUGGAUGCGGAAUUUCAAGAGCAACUCCACGGAGACCGAGAGGCGCUCCAAGAAUGUGCGUCGUCAGUGAAAGUAAAAGAUUUCUUGCUGCCUGCCUCCUAAAUAAAAUUGAGAAAUUGUG